AUUAAUAUUCAUAAGUUAGCCAACGCGACUCUACUGAGAUCUGAAACAACAACAAGCCGAGCAGCCAAUCAAAAAGAGGCGCUAGUCACAGUCGCUCUACCCCGUGUAAAGAGGAGGACAUAGAGCUGAUGCAAACAUGCCUGAAGUUCCCUGCAGAGAACCCGAGUACUCAGAAAAUACUCCCAAGAAAAGAAAGCGAGAGGACGUCGACGGUUUUUCUGAGAAAAAGAAAUCGCGCUGGGGUAUUUUGAUUAGUCAAGGUUCAUGGGCGGAUCGUUCUCCACUCCAUGAAGCUGCGUCUCAGGGUCGACUUCUGGCGCUUAAGACUCUUCUCUCACAGGGUUACAGUGCAAAUAUCAUCACCAUUGAUCAUGUGACUCCACUGCACGAAGCUUGUCUGGGAGAUCACGUAGCAUGUGCCAGGGCUCUUAUAGAAGCUGGUGCCAAUGUGAAUGCCACGACCAUUGAUGGCGUGACCCCGCUGUUUAACGCCUGCUCAGCAGGAAGUGUCACCUGCACAGAGGUGCUUUUGGAACAUGGAGCAAAACCACAGGCAGAAGCGUGCCAGCCUUCACCAAUUCAUGAGGCCUCCAGCAAAGGCCGAGCAGCAUGUAUAGAGUCUCUCAUCUCGUGGGGAGCAGAUGUAGAUUAUGACAUCCCUCAUCUAGGAACACCUCUCUACAUUGCCUGUGUCUCCCAGCAGCUCCAGUGUACACAGAAACUUCUGGAUGGAGGAGCAAAUGUGCAGAAGGGCCGUUUCCUGGACACACCGCUGCACGCUGCAACACAGAAGGACUGUCCAGAAAUCAUCAGAGUGCUACUAGACUUUGGCGCUAACAUCAACGCUCGCAACCUGGAGCUACAAAGGCCGGUAGAAACAGUGCCACCCAGCAGUGCAGCAGAGGCUGUGCUUCUUCUUUAUGAGGCCACGCCGCGGUCUCUCUGUCAGCUGUGUAGACUGAGUAUCCGAAACUACAUGGGCCGAUCCAGACUGCAUCUGAUUCCACACCUCAAACUGCCUACUCUGCUCAAGAGUUUCCUCCAGUACAGAUAAAUUCUCUACCUCC